AUGUGGCUAAACAGCCAAACCUACUGGCAGGGAACUCCCUCCUAUUUAAGGAAGUCCGCAAGGACAACCUCUUUUACCGCCGCAGAAUACUCGGUCGGUCUAUCCAACUUCGCCAUGUCAUCAUUGACAAGGCAUAUGACUAAACAGCCAAACCUACUGGUAGGGAACUCCCUCCAAUCAAGGAAGUCCGCAAGGACAACCUCUUUUACCGCCGCAGAAUACUCGGUCGGUCUAUACAACUUCACCAUGUCAUCAUUGACAAGGCAUGUGGCUGAACAGCCAAACCUACUGGCAGCGGACGCCGACUGGAGGCAGCAGUUGUCAGAAGUCAUUCGAGAACUGAAAAAGAAUAUGCCAGGGAUCAAACGGCUCUUGUUUGACUCAAAGGGCAACGAUCACGACGCUGUGGUUCUUCGACAAGCUGAUGGGUACACUCCACAAGCUUGA